AUAGAGACAAAAACAGACCGAGGGGCUGCCCGGCUGUGAGACGAGGGUGGUCCGUCGACGAAGCGCGUGAGGGGACUCGUUUUGUGAGCGGUGGCCAGAUCAUACCCGACGCGAGGAGAGACGCGCGGGGACACGCCGAGACAUGGUGAAGAUCAGCUUCCAGUCUGUCGCGGGACAGAAAGUGGAGAAGGAGAGCGAUGGCGACAAGACGGAAAUCCUCAUCCCUCAUCCGAUGGACGAAGAGGAGCUGGUUCUGCCGCUGCGGCCCAAGAAGUCCCCCCUCAACGGCCUGUGCUGCCUGACGUUCGGCCUGGUGGUGUUCAUGGCCGGCCUGGUCCUCGCCUCCAUCUACGUCUACCGCUACUACUUCAUACCCCACAUCCCAGAGGAGAACCUGUUCCACUGCAGGGUGCUCUACGAAGACUCCGUGUACGCGCCGCUGCGCGGGCGCCAGGAGCUGGAGGAGAACGUCGGCAUCUACUUGGCCGAUAACUACGAGAAGAUCACCGUGCCCGUGCCCCACUUCGGAGGCAGCGACCCGGCGGAUAUAAUCCACGACUUCCACAGGGGUCUGACUGCCUACCACGACAUUGCUCUGGACAAGUGUUACGUGAUCGAGCUCAACACCACCAUCGUGAUGCCUCCACGCAACCUGUGGGAGCUGCUCAUCAAUGUCAAGAAGGGAACCUACCUGCCUCAGACCUACAUCAUCCACGAGGAGAUGGUGGUGACCGGCAAAGUGCACAACAUACACCAGCUGGGGCCGUUCAUCUACCGCCUGUGCAACGGGAAGGACACGUACCGCCUGAACCGCCGCGUCACCCACAGGCGCAUCAACAAGCGCGACGCCGAGAACUGCCACCACAUCCGCCAUUUCGAGAACACGUUCGUGAUGGAGACGACCAUCUGCGACGGGGCGUAGACGCGAGCACCCCACCCGCCCAAAGGCACAUCCACAGUCACAGCCCCAGCCACUGUAGCACCCUCCUGUGGACCCGGUCACGUUGCACUUUACUUGUCAUUUUGCUUUGCUAUAAAACAUUUUUUUACUCUCUUUGUUCUGUUACAGUCAAUGCUAUUUUCCAGGUUGAGGCAUACGACGUCAUUGGUUCCAACACAGGAUUUUCCAUGUAGCAAAGUUCCGAAGCUAAUAACGAGUCCCAAUUUCAAGCGCUCGCCCCUUUCUCUUUAGGGAUUUGAAUGAUGGUUGCUGUUGUUGGGUGAGAUCACUGUCUCCAUGUGUUGUCACGGUGACGGUACUUUUGUUUUUCCUCCUGCCCUGGAGCUCACGUCAUCUCACAGUCAUCUGGCGAAAAGCACAACGCCUCGGUUUGCAGAGCAGAUAUUAGCGGUAGAUCUCACUCACCUUCAUUCCUCUUCUUGUGUUCUCUGUAGUGUAAACACACAACUGUUGCUGACUAGUUGCUUGCUUGCAUCUUAAUCCUUGUGCCUGCCUCUGCUUCCCCGCUCCCUUUUCUGCAUUCGUUUUUCUCUGAAACGCUUCAUUACACAGUAGACGUUCGAGGAGGCGACACUGGGCAUUAGACUAUUGUUCCAUCACAGCUGAAACAGGUAAACAUCAUUAUUUAAGUUCCCUCCUCGUCAUCACGCUCUUUUCUUCCUGCUUCACAGCUGCAUUUUGGAAUCACUUUUCAGAAAUGUCUUGAUUUCCCCUUGCAUGUGUUUAUCUAUAAGAGAAAAACAGCACUGUUAGAAUGUUUUUCUAAAACAAUGUUUGAAGCCUUAGUCCAGAGUCGGAGACGGGACUAAAGUCAAUGCUACUGAAGGGAGCAUAUUAUAUGUUAGUUAAACAAAGCCUACUUUGAUCUGUAUAUUUUGUCUGCUGAUGAAAUCUGUCUGUGAAUAAAGUAGUGAAAAAUGUC